AUGUCACAAAAACUGGGACGUUCAAUAUCAACACUUGUUGAAUUUUUUAAACAAAAUUCUAUUCGUAUACCAAUUGGUCCAAUGGUAUUAAAUGUUAAAAGAUCUGAUGAUGAUUCUGAUUAUAUGGAAAUAAAUUUAUUGGGAAAAAAUAUUAUGAAUCAAACAACACAAGACAAAGGUGUUGGACGACGACAUAAAGUUAUAAAUCGUAGAGGUAAAAAACAUCUUCAAAUCAUAAUACCAAUGUAUUUGGCUGCCAAUUCAUUUGGAUGGACAUUGCUUGCGAUCAAAGCUGUUACAUUAUUAGCUAUCAAAGCAGUUUUAGUCUCUAAAUUGGCAUUCUUAGUUGCAUCAUCGAUUGUUAUAAAAAAUUUCAUGGAUAAUUCACAUAAGUAUGCACUAGCAUUAGCAACACUCAAACAAUAA